AUGGCGGAUAGCCAACUUUCUCCCAACCUCCCACUGCUGACGACAAACGCCACUCAAGGCCAGACUUUCUUCAACGAGACCGUCUUUCGGGCGACAGGCUUGGAUUUUGCUCCCUUGAGGGCAACUCCGGAUGUUUCCACCACAGCCGCCGAGAGACUCUUGGCACAUUUGCCGAUCGGCCAAACCGUGCAACUGGCAUCCCAAGAUGUUGGCCCAGAAUCCUCCCGGGAGGCAUCCCUCUCCCAGCAUCCCCUGGCUUUCAGCCUCACGGCUCCAAACAACACCACCCUGGGCAGCUGCUUAUCGCAACACUCUCUGAUUUUUCCUGAUUUGCCCGUACCUGCCCAGUCGGAGAAUUGGCCAAUGCUUCACGCUGACCUUCGUGCCAAAACCCUGGACCCCAAGGAGGAGACUUCACGGCGGCCGCUUCCACCAAACCAACCCCUGGCCACGCAGCGUCUUCCGGACGAAAGUUGGAGAGCUACGCCCGGCCAGGAUUUGUUCCUUUCGGACAACAGCCUGCCAGCCCCUCCUCUCCUCCUCGACUUGCUGGACGAUGAGAUGGGCUUACCCAAGCACGGCGGCUUCUUAUCUUCCGAAGGCUCUUCUGGUAAAAGCGGCUUGGGAAAGGAUCCGGGAGAAAAUGUGCUUCAACGGCUGACGGUGAACACGGAUCUGUCGGAAAGCGCGCCCAAACUGAUGGUAGAACCGCGCCAGUCGAAAGGCCAAACCACUCCUCCCCCCGAGUUGCCCCGGCCAUUGACAGAGGCAGCAGGGAAGCCCUGGAGACGUGCCAGCGAUCCGGGAGCUUUCUCGGCCAACUUUUCUCCCGCCUUGGUGUCCUCCGGAGCUCAUCCGUUUAGUUCGCUGGAUUCUUCCGUGAUUCCCGAAAGAUCUCUGGCUCCGACUCACCAGCGGGCGGGCGAGAAAUUUCAAAGUGGGGCCGAAGAAGACCAAGGAAAAUUUACACCGGCUCUGGUUGGUAAUAAACCUCAUGCUUCGUCAUCCUUCCAGCCGGUCCCGACAGCCGCAGAUGUCAGAGAGCGGACGGACACCAUGAAAGCCAUCCUAACCAGCGUGAGCCAAAACGAACUCACACUCUCUGACGGGAACGUAGAGAGAGAGCCCAGAAAUACGGGAAUCUCUCCUUUUGACGAGGCGUCCUUCGUUGCACAUCUGGCUCACCCGAUUCAUCAUUCCACCCCCGGUUUUUGGGCAACCAGAAGCUUGAACUGCGACGCGCCCGGCACGGCAUUCCCGUCCCGAUCAGGAUUCCAACAUCCUCUUUCUUGCUUGCACGAAGAGAUGUCAAAGACCUCGCAUGCCAAUGCGCGCAAUUCUUCGACGGUGGAGCCUCGUGGAAACCCUUGCUCGUUUCCCACGAAGGAGAGUGAUACGUCGCAUGGCGCCCCGGGCUUACAAAAUGAAAAGAGCGACGGUUUUACCAUUCUGCAGCCUCUGAAAGGCCGGAUUCAGUCCAUGCCUUCUCUGAAUUUCAUGGAGAAGGUGGGAGCGUGGCACCUGAGCUCUUCGGCUGAGAAACUGCCUGACGUGUCAGCAGUACCUGGUUUGGGUACACCUGUACCUGGCUCUGGGGGCGUCUCCCCCAUGCGGAAGGCCUACAGCGCAAUCGCCGAUUCCUUGAACCGCAUCCUGCUCAAGCAGCAGAGUCUAGCUGACCUCAAGGCUGCCUCUUUUUAUGGGCCGAGCUCCAUGAUCGAUCUUCACAGCUCUCAAAAAGAGGUUCCUCCGCGUGCCUUGCCCUUUACCCGGUCGCAGUCGGAAACCUCGGUGAGCGCCCUCAGCCGCGAGAUUUCGAGGACAGACAUAGGGAGCGAAACCAGACCCAAUGAUGCUCUUCAGCGAGCGGACGUCUGCGCCAACGUUUCAACGGACUCUCGGCUCAAGCCGACGGUCGCGGCGGAGGAAGCCGCACUUCACCGACGUUACAAAGCUGUGCCCGUCUUUGUAACGGUCUCCAGUGACGAGGAAAGUGUUAGUACGGGGAGCCAUUCGGAUCCCCUAAUUAGGAGCAGAAGGGUGGCCGAGCUCCUGCGAGGGGAAACCAGCUCGCUUGAGGGGAGCAAAGAAAUAUUGGGUGGCCCCCAAGAGAAGACGAGAGAAUUGUCGGGCUGCGGGUUUCGUGCCAGUCAAACGAGGAUGGAUUAUUUUCGAGAGCUUUCCCCGGAUCAUUUAAACCAAGGGACCGAUUCCAGAACGGACAGCUGUACGGAUUUGAGGGUGUCGUCCAGACAGUCUUCCAGAUCUUCUCCGGCUUUGAACAAGUUGCAGAGCAGUUUGGAAGAUGAAUUGCAAGCUUCCAAUUACAGCGAGCUCAAUAUAGAUGAGAGAAUACCGGUGUACCUCCACAACCUGGGCAUUGAUCAGUCGCCUUCUUCGAUUCUGACUCCGUUCGUGCCUCGGGGACCCAUACGAGAAAUUGAAUUCUCUCCGACGGAUCUCCGGACGUUGAAAGCAUCGUCGGAUUUAUUCUGCCUGCACCUCUCGGAAGACUCGCACUCUCCGAAAGACGCUACGCAGUUGACCUUCGACUCUUCGCUGCUGGGUGGGCCCUCUCUGGCAGGAUCGACCGUUGUCUCUGACUCGUCACAACCCGCCAAGCCUUCUCCGCAACACACCAGUGAUCUCCUCCAGCCGAGCAGCUCUCCCUGGAAACCUCGUGCUGUCACACCCCCGCGCACCACCUCUGUUCCCGAGUCCCUGCCUGCUCCCGUUUCAACCGAAGAGACUCAAGUCAUCCCAGGAUCUCCCUCCAGCUUGGAAAGAUCCACAACACGUCUGGCGUUGCCAGAGGACAAUUUAGACCCGACCAAACUCGGCGCGAGUCGAGUAAAAUCCGGGUCUUCGUCUCAGGACCGUGAUGAGAAGCCUGCAAGCGAAGGAAUCCGAUCUUCGGGCACAAUUCCUGGUGGAGAGAGAGACGAUUCCUUCACAAGGUCAAACAUCCCAGAAGAGAGCCAGAAGCUUCCAGCGGAGGUUGACUCCAGACCUUCCAGUACAAAAUUCAGAUCUCGUUUAUCCCUCUCUUCUUCUUCCGGUUCGCUAAAACCAAUCGACCGCGACGAUUUAUCCGGAGAUCCUGGAUCGAUCCAGAGAAGCACGCUAGGCAUUCAAAGAGGCUGGUCAUGGGAUGAGGGCAUGGACAAGCAGGAGAUAACCGGUAGCUUAAAAUGGGAAGAUCUGCAGAGGGUGGACUUCUUCGCCGAGAAGCCAGCGGUAUCUCAAGAGCUCAGGCCGGGAUCCCAGAGAGCGAACGAAGACCGCGGGAGGAUGCAACCCAUUGCGCGAUCCGAUCCCGAAGGUUGCCCCAAGACGGCUGUGAAUUGGAAUCUCCCCAUUCCAACAGGCAGGUCUACAGAUAGUCAAGCAAGCCCUUCUUCUCCAACCCUCCAAGGGAUCCAGUCCGUUUCCAAUACGGACGACGUGUCUAAACUCUUGAGAGGCUUCCCGCGAGUCGAGCAGAAAGCAAACGGAAGUCAUCCGAAAGAGAUGGGCGGCUCGCAGGAAAGCGCCGAGAGCAGCAGCGUGGACUCUCUGGGCCUCAGAGUGAAGACACUCCUCCAGUAUGGACAUCCUGCGAUGCACAGAACGCCUCGGAUGGAGGAGCGCGAUGGGUCCAGUGCGAAAGAGCCCUCUGUUUCGGGCACCGGCUCAGCGUUCAGCAGAGGGGGCGUCGGUGCCCAAGGAAGCAAUAACGGGAGCAGUAUGGACUCGUUGGCGAUACGGGUCCAAACCCUCCUGGAAGAGGAGCAGCCUGUGCUGCAUGCAACACAGAUACUCCGGAGCGUCGAGGAAGAAGAAGAAAAAGCCCGCGGUAAGGACGCUCCACGUUGUAACCAGCAGUGGAGAAGCAGCUUCCAGAGACUUCCAAACUCCAACCUGGCUGCAACGGUAGAAUCGGGCUCCUUGCAGAAGCCAAGAGACCACGACUUGCAAACUGCCCUUCAGAAAUACGGUUUGCAGCUGGCCGAGUUCUCCGGGGAAAACAUGGAGCCUGCGGCGGAUGGCGCCUUAACAGCCGAGCCGGAGGUCGAACUCUCCCACGGUGCCCAGAUUCCUGUCUCCGGCCAACGGCAGCCAGCUCCCAGUAACGCCUUGGACUCCAAAGCCAAUUCUCACCUUCCCUUGGACAUGCAUUUCCAAAGGGCCUCGAACGCCCCCGCGAAAGAGGACGGGAAUGUAGCAGCCCCAUUGGAUCUGUCCGAGAGCAGCACCUCCGUCGAAGCAGCCAUUCAAAUUACCUCUAUCACCUUCGCAUCUCGGAGGAGGUCGCCUUCUCCCGCUUCCCGCCCUCCCCGGACUCUCCUUGCCGACGUUCCCCCUCGCGAUCCCGUAUCUUUGGAAACCCGGUCCGUGAACCGGGAAUGCCAGAAGUUGGGUGGCUCACAGCUGCCAAGUUACCAAGCUCGCCCUUCCGCCGGCGUCGCUUCCGCUCGCGCUUCAGAGAAGGACGUUGCAUCUCCUCCCUUUGGGUCUACCAAGGUGGCCAGGGACGACCCUCGUCAAGAAGGUCUGGGUCCUUCCCUGGAGGGAUCCCCAAGAAGAGGUGCCGAGCUGAAGGACCUCGUUCGCCAGGUCCGUGAGGACAAGCAAGCUUCCGAUCCAGGUCUUGCCGAGCAGAGGCGAUACGCGAAAACGCUGGAUAAUAUUUACGCCAACGGAUCUAAAAUGGAAAGGUCGGUGGCGUCGCCUCCGCCUAAGACGGGUGAGGUGCGUCCCCAGAAUUGCUCGCCAACUGAGGCAGGAAGCGCUCCUAAGCCCCUUUUUCCCGAAGGCAAAGAAAAGACGCGGCGAAGAGAAGAUUUGUCUACUUCUGAUUCGUAUUUACACAAGCCCAGAAGUGGAGGCAGUGGGAGUACUUUGUUACAGUCGGCUUCCCUCGAUUGUCUUUCCACAGCUGUACCGGUGUCUCCUACGUCGCCCACCAGGAAAGCCCUUUCUGGUGUCCACCUUACUCUCUCUCCAAAGCGCGUGGAAUUGGACCUCUCGGGACCGGUGGAUAUUGGUCCAGAAGGGAGAGAGGUCGAGGUUCCUAAGCCAACCUCUUCAGGUGUUCCCGGUCUGUCCUUAGAAGCUACCUCCAAGCCCAUAGAACCUAAGCGAAAGACUCAAGGACCCUUAUACUUCCCCCGAGAGGCAUCCUCUCAAGAGGUUCCGAAGGGGGCUAGACCAGCCCUACCACACGCUCAAGAGCCCCGGGCAAGCCGAGAUGGUGACGUAGCCCCGUCUCCAACAGACGCCGGGACUCGGAGUUUGAGUGCAAGGGACCACUUGAAGGCUACGGCUUCUUCCCAAACCGAAUGGAGGUCUUCGGAUGCCAUCACUCAAAUCACAACCGAAAGCCCGGAGAAGACCACCUAUUCUGCCGAAAUCUUUGUCACAGCUGAGAAUGGAGAAGCUCCUUAUCCGAAGGGUCACAAAACCCCUGACGAGACGAUGCUCGGUAUCUCCAAAAUCUCUGUUUUGGACGGACAAAGCAGAGACAAGCCCUUGGUGUUGCCCUACAAACCUCCCGGCUGCUCCGAGGUGUAUUACGUCCCCUGUGGCAAAGGAACCUUGAAACUCUCACGCGUCCGGUCUGAGACCACCGUGGAGAGCUCCCAUUCGGGCUCCAACGACGCCGUCCCUCCGGAUUUCCCCCCGCAGGCCCUGGGUUCGAGGAAGGAUCAUCCUUCGGACAUGGCCAUCGUCAGACACAAAGAGGGCAUUUAUAGUAAGACGGCCGCUCCAAGGGUGGCCUGGAUGGAGGAGAAAGCGGGGGCAGCGGCACCGACGGUGGUCGGUCCCAGAGGAAGCUGCGGUGGCCGGAAUCCCUCGGGAUCGCUCCGAACUUCCCAGCCUGCCUAUGAAUCUGAUCAGCCUCCUCUGAAGUCGCUUUUGCAGGAUGAUCCAAAUCCCCCUCCCGGGAACAAGGCUUUGGGACAAGUUGAUGCGGCUUCUGGUGGGCCAGCCCCUUCCCCACAAGAUUUACUGCCACGUGAGGGGAUCCUAGAAAGCAGUCCUUUCCCGCGGCCCCCUCUGCACCUGUCCCAAAGCGAAGAACGCUUUAUCCCACUGACGGGUGAGGUAGAUUAUAGUUUCCUUGAGGAAAUCAAAUCCAAGCACGCUUCCCGACAAGACUGGCCCGAUGCCCAAACGACGAGCUCGGGAAGAGCGAGCCAACUUCCUCCGGGAAGCCGGCCGAUUAAGGAGAAGUGGGUAGCGGAUCUGCCAAGGGGGCCCAGCACCCAUCGAAGCAGCCCUUUAGAUGUUCUUUGGGCCAAGUAUUUGGAGCGACAGAACCAGCAGCAGCUGAAGCCCAUCGAAAGCAACCACAAAACCGAGCUCUCGCUGGUGGAGCGGCUGGACCGCCUGGCCCGCCUCCUGCAGAAUCCCCUCCGUCAUUCCCUGGCCCUGGAGGACCAGAAGGAGCCCAGGAGGAAAGCAGCCAGGCUAGGCAGCCCGCGAGGCAAAAAGAUGGCGGCCAGGAAGAAAGCAGCAUUGCGGCCCAGCGUGGAAACGUCGGAGGAAGCCCUGGUGGGUCCCAGUGGCACCUGGCCGUCCAAAUCCCGGCACCCGAAAACCGGACACGGCGGGGCGGUUGAACCCGGGGCUCGAAACCGGGACGGGGGCCUGGCCUCUGAGACGCCGAGCGAGACGUCUUCGGACCUGAGACCGAGGAGAGAUGCCAGCGUGGCGACCGGCAUGACCUCCGAGUCCGAAGGGACUCGGACCGAGACCGAAAGCGCCACGGCGACCGAGGGCAGCGAGUCGGCGUCGACCAUCAACACGGCCAGGUUGAUCCGAGCUUUCGGGCAGGAGCGAGUGCAGGUGUCUCCCAAACUGUCCCAGCUCUACAGCACCAUCGACUUGCAAAAGACGCGCUUGGAGAGCUGGGCCAAGCGGGGCAGGAGAGCCAAGGGGGACGGUGGCGGCUACCCGAAAAUGGUUCACCUCGAACAAAAAGGGAAAGAGGCCCAGCCCAGCCCGUCUUUCACGUCCUCCGAUUCUGUCUCGAGCCUCGGCAGCUCCCAUGGACCGAGCCGGGCCCUGAGCAGCAAGCGGAUGUCCCAUAAGGCCGUCCAGGCAGGAGACUUUGAGAUUGUGAACAGCGCCACCAAGAAGCACACUCGCGACGUGGGCUUGACUUUCCCCACCCCGACUGCAAGCCAAGACACGCUCCACGGAGGCUCUAGGAGCAGGGCAGAGCAGGGGCUGGCUCAGCACCAUGGGCUGUCGGCAGAAAACGAGGAGCAGCGGAAGUGGCAGCCGGGCAGCUUCCUGGAAGGGAGGAGGCCUAGAAGGAGACAGUCGCAGUGGACGCAAGGUCUCU